AUGAAAGCUCAAGCAUUGGCAAAGAACCCUAUUGAUCAAGAAUAUGAACCACUUAAAACCUAUUUUCCAGAUGAAGAGAUAUCUUGUAUCGAUGAAGUUAUUCACGAUAACGAUCAAGGUUGGAUGUUAUUCUUUGAUGGUGCCUCUAACAGGAAAGGAAUUGGAAUAGGAGCUGUUCUUAUGUCUGAAUCAGGGAAAUAUUACCCUUUAUCAGGCCAACUUAGAUUUCAUUGUACUAAUAAUAUGUCUGAGUACGAAGCGUGCAUUUUUGGUCUGAGGUUAGCUGUUGACAUGGGCAUCCAAAAAUUACACAUUCCUAAAAUGCACAAUGAGAUUGCAUAUGCAUUGGCCACUUUAUCUUCGAUGCUCCAACACCCUGAUGACACCCUUAUUGACCCUUUAUACAUACAAAUUCGUGAUCAACAUGCCUAUUGCAACAUGAUCGAGGAGGAAUUUGAUGGAUAUCAUUGGCUCACUAUGGAGCGGGAUUCCAUACGAUUUGUUUGUAAAUGUCAUGAAUGUCAAAUACAUGGUAAUUUGAUACAUUUUCCCCCUUCUGAGUUGCAUGAAAUGUCCGCUCCAUGGCCUUUCGUAGCAUGGGGAAUGUAUGUGAUAGGACUGAUAGAACCAAAAGCAUCGAAUGGUCACAGGUUCAUCUUGGUGGCUAUUGAUUAUUUUACAAAGUGGGUGGAAGCAGUAACUUUCAAGUCAGUGACGAAGAAGGUCGUGGUGGAUUUCAUCCAUUUCAACAUCAUCUGUCGAUUUGGUAUUCCAAAGGUGAUUAUAACUGAUAACGUCGCAAAUCUCAACAGCCACUUAAUCCAAGAGGUAUGCUACCAAUUUAAGAUUGAGCAUCGAAAUUCGACUCCGUAUCGCCCAAAGGACUAUGGGGCUGUAGAAGCUUCUAAAAAAAAUAUGAAAAAGAUACUUCGUAAGAUGGUGCAAAGUUCUCGACAAUGGCAUGAAAAGUUGCCUUUUGCUUUGUUGGGUUAUCGCACUAUAGUUCGUACGUCAGUGGGCGCUACUCCAUAUUCACUGGUAUACGGGACUGAGACAGUUAUACCUAUAGAGAUUGAGAUCUCAUCUUUACGGAUCGUUGUGGAGGCUGAAAUUGAUGAUGAUGAGUGGAUCAAAACUCGGUUAGAGCAAUUAGGUUUGAUUGAUGAAGCGUCUGACAGCAGUAUGUCAUGGACAAUUAUAUCAUAA